CGAAGUUUUCGGUCGUGUUCUUAAGACUGGUCUCGCUUCGGUGAAUCUGCCGUCAUGGGUUUAAGGAUGAACCUGAUCUACUGUUCCUUCACUUAGGAUUGCAAGCAUUUGUAGCUGUCAGCGGUACUAAUUUUGAUGGGGGAUGAAGAAGCAAAAGGAAAGUGUCAUCGAUCCCACCUCUGGGUCCGAUGGGGGUCUAGAUCUGAAAUCUGUAAUCCAUCAGCAUUCUCUGUUUUUUGACAAGUUAAUUGAGCUCAUCCCUGCAAAGUUUUACCUGCCCAAUGAUGACAAGGAGAGACCGUGGUUCCAUGGGCUCAGUAAGGCCCAGAAGGAAUCGGCGAAGAAAGAGUCAAGAGAAAACAUUAAGAAAGCCAGAAGAGACCGGCUAGAUCCCCAGAAAUCUUCCGCUACUACUGUUGACUUGUUGAUGCAGAGCUUGGAGAAGGAGAAAGAGGAUUAUGGGAGUGACAGAGAAGAUGCAGUGGAUACCAAGCUUACGGUAUCCGGUAAAGAAGGCAAGGAACGUAAAGUGACAUAUGAAGAGCUCCAGCAACGGCUACGUAACAAAAUUGAACAACUUCGUGCAGCAAGGAUCACUACGAAUCCCGAUAAGAUUAAAAGAAAGACCGAGGAGGUCGAGCGGAAGAAGCGGAAGAGAGAUACUGAAGUAAAACCCUCGACUAGUGAUGGAGGAGAUAGGAAGGUGAACAAGGACAUAGAAGAGGCUUCAAAGGAGCUUGCUUUUAGCCAAGUCAAGCUUGGGAACAAGGAGGAGAGGGCGAAGAAGAGGAAAAAGCUCUCGAAGGAAAAGGAGCUUGAGAGGGCAAGGAAGCUCAAGGAAGUGAAGAAGGAUCCAGUGAAGGGGGAAGUGGUCUCGAAGAAGCACUCAUGGAAGGCGGCAACAAGUAGGGCUGCGGGGAUUAAGGUCCACGAUGACCCAAAGUUACUGAAACAGAGCAUUCAAAAGGAGAAGAAGAGGCACCAGAAGAAUGCUGAGAAGUGGAAGGAGAGGGCCGGGACCCAGCAGAAGGGGAAGGCAGAGAAGCAGCAAAAGAGGUCAGAGCAUAUAGCAGAGAGAGCCCGUGAGAAGAAGCAGCGAAAGAUCGCUAAGCGGGAGAAGAAGCUCUUGAGGCCUGGCUUUGAAGGCCGUAAAGUGGGAUUCAUUAACGAGUCUUUGGCUUCAGCUUAACUUAGGACAUUUAUUAGUCGAAGAUGAAGGUAUGGGGCUUGAAGAUUCUGAAGUUAUGGAUUUGGAUGUUUAACUUGCAAUGCUUAGACUUGUUAUUUGUUUUGGACUUGUGGUGGUGCUCUUCAUUAGAGUCUCUGCACUUGGAAGUUGUAAGGUUAGUCGGUUUUGGACUUCUUAAAUUCGUUGUAUUGUAUGUGGUGGAUUAUGUUCUUAUUAAUGCGAUGUUUGCACUUGUUACUUGCUU